AUGGGGAGCAUUUCUGGUACUAGGGUUGGAUCUACAAUUGGGGGAAAAUCCAAAGGAGGGAGAAAAAACAAAGAUGUUGUUCAAAGUAGUAAUGGAAAAGGUUCAAGAUUUUGGAAGAAAUUGAGAAUUUUCCUAGGUUGCAUGUUUUGGAGUUCCAAAGGGGAAGGUUCCUCCAUAAACAAAAUCAACCAAGCUGAUCAUGGAAAACAUGUUACAAAUGAUGUUGAGAGACAACAACUGAUUGUCCCAAGAUCCUCAUCAUCAAACAGAAGGGUACUCAGGCAUGCAAGAUUGUGUGUUCCGGAUCAAGAACUGUUUGAAGCUUCUUUGCUUCUUCGAAGGUUCAGUUUUCAAGAUCUUAUGUUGGCAACACGAACUUUUAAGGUUGAGAAUUUUCAUGACGAGGAAGGGUUUGGGAUUUUGUUGAAGGGUUGGAUUAAUCAAUAUGGGAACUAUGCAGCAAGGCCUGGAAAAGGGAUUCCCAUUGCAGUCAAGGCACUCAACUUAAAUGAAUCUCAAGAUCAAAAAGAAUGGCUUGUAUGUGAUGCUAACCCUAACUAA